UACAAUAAUGUGCCGACUGAUUAAGUAUUGAAUGGCCCGAGAUCAUACGCUGAAGCCAAUAUUGGACAGACUGUUGAAUGUUGACAAUAAUAUCAGAACGGUAGAUAAAUUUACCUGAAUCCAUUGGAGUAGUAGUUAGAGAUAUUUUGCGAACCUUUUCCGGAUAUUACUGAUUUGAAAUGUUUUUAAACAAAAAUGUAACCGAUUUAUUAUAUUUCAAAAUUAUUUAUUAAUUGCAUAUUUUGGUCGCGCGAAUAGUCACGCUGCACGACAUUAGUGGAGAACUAUUUAGGAAUUUUUGAAUCAAUAUUUUAAUACAACUUCUUUUUUAUAUUAAAAUGGUGGCAAGUCUUAAUCAAACAUUCACAUGCGAAGGGAACGAUUAUGUGCCUACGUGGAAGGAUAUAUUUAAAGCUUGUGUUAUUGGUUGUGUAUCACUUGGAAUCAUAAUUGGAAAUGUAUUUUCUGUGAUAGUUUUCAACAAUUCUAGUAGCAGAAAGUUAUUUUUGAAGAAAGUGCGACUUACCAUGAAUUCUUUAAUUUGCACCGAUCUUAGUAUGGGCCUUUUCAUGUGCCCAUUCUGCAUUUACUCCGCCCUUUAUAAAUGUUGGCCCUACUCGGAAACCUUCUGUAAAAUAGAGGCAUUGAUGCUUUCAGCACUUUUUCAUGAAUCAACUUUGUCACUUGUGUUGAUUGCUCUUGAUAGGUACUUCUCUGUUCACCAUUAUUUGAAAUACAACAGUUUUAUGACAUCCCGGAAGUACGUAUCUGUUAUUUUGGCCACGUGGUCGGCGACGUUCAGUGUGUACUCGAUUGUAAUAUUUUUCGGGGAACAGUUCUACUUUGAUGACAUUGGCAUAAACUGUGAACCGUAUUAUGAGAACCCUAACGUGACACUCACUGUGAUUAUUAUAUUUUAUGUUAUACCUGCCUUGUUGUUCCUCUAUAGCUAUGGUUCUAUUUUUGCGGCGGCGAACAGGCGGGAAACCAUUCGGGUGUUCUCGAGAAAUGCGCGAAAUGCGGACACUAGUAAUCAUGCCGUAUCACAGAUUCUGCGAACGUCAAAAUAUCUGGCCGCCAUUACCGCUGGUUUCUUUGUUGCCGUGACGCCUUGGACGAUUUGUACCCUGACAAUCGCUUUGACCAACAUAGAGCUCAACGAAGACAUUGAUUUUGCAGUGACCUGGAUUGCUAUAAGUAACAGUUUUUGGAACGUGGUUAUAUACAGCGUGAUGAACCGGAAGUUCAGGCAGGCGGCAAUUUCCCUUACAAAUCGACAAAGAUUCCGACGUUUCCUACAGCCACAUAUUUUCUCGCGAGAACGUGAUGACCGAAUUUCAGAGAGCAAUGAUCAUACAAGGGCUACAGAGUUAUCGAACAUAGACCAGCUGUCAGGAUGCAACAGUACCGUAUCAGUGUCACAUAACGUUCAGAUAGAUAUACACACGCUUGAUCUCGGCACCGGUAACAAUCCAAGUGAAGCGUAGCGACAAAAAACAACUGUCUUUAACACUGGCAACGAAAGUCUCAUCGUCGGACAACCACGACCGAUCCAUUCCGUUACUCUUCAUUUAUGGAAUGAGUGAAAUGCAAUCGUGGGUAUCCGACGAUGCGGGAGUCUAGACGUUAUGUAAUAUUUAGUAUUACUCAAACAUUUUCAACAGAAUGAUUCAUUGUAGAUAUUUUAUGUUUUCUGUGCAAUGGUAUGAUAUUAUAGUGUACAUGUCAUUAGGUUUGUCAGAAAUUUCGAAAAUAAAAAAGAAUUACUUUUUUCAAUAAAAUAACGGUAAAUAAACGGUAAGUAAAUACAUUUCAUAACGUUCUCUAUAGCUUUCUCAAAGAUAUAUUAUGCCCAAAAUUUUAUAUUUGAAAAUAUGUACAAUUACAACAAAGUAUUCAUGUGAACAUGUGAACAUAAUAUUAACAUAUUUGUGUGUAGAAACAGUACUGCAUGUUACGUUUAAAUGACUACAUACUAAUAGAUAUAAGUAAAAACAGUAUGAAUAUGUAAUGUCAUUGAAAAAAUUUAAAAAAAAGGAUGUUGCUUGAUACAAUACAUUUGAAACUCGAUAUCUCGAACACGCUUACCUCAAAAUUCCGGCUAUCUCGAAAUAAUCAAGUCCCGUCCCGAAUACGCAAGUCGAAUUUCGGUUAUAUCAAAUUCAAACGCUUGAUCCCUUGCAAUUCGAGAUACCGAGUUUCAACUCUAUCUCAUCCAUCAGAGGUUCGUCAUUCUCAUCCAUCCAUCAGAGGUUCGUCAUUCUCAUCCAUCCAUCAGAGGUUCGUCAA